UUGCACCCCGCCGUCCGGACGCUGCAUAAAUUCAUCCAAUUGCGAUCGCAGACCCGAAUGCACUUUCAGAUGAUGUGGCAGGAUGCGAAGCAGGUAGAGUUUGAGGGCCACACGGUCGCACGCGACUACGACCACAUGCUGCAGCUGCUUAGCGAUUUCGUACAGAGUCCACCGCCUUGGGACCGCACGACGGCCGAUCUGGGCUCCUCGGGCCUACCCUAUAGCGACCUCUUCUACUACGCAGUUCUGACGCCAAGUGGAUAUGCGGCUUUCACAGACCCGGAAGUAUCUGCGCAAUUCAAAAAGCUGCUUCAAUCUUGGGGCCAAUAUCUUGAGACUCCGGCCAGUGCAAUGGGACUGCAGACUUGGCUUAAUGCGGAAAACGGCUGUCUGGACAAACUCGUGCAUUACGCCAAUGCUCCACUCGGAUCCCGCUUAUCUUUCCAGGAACUUUUUGUUUGCGAUGCUCGGAAGCAACAUUACGGAUUCACUUCAUGGGACGACUUCUUUAUUCGCAGGUUUCGACCCGGGUUGCGUCCGUUGUGCACCGAUCCAGACGCCAUUGUGAACGCUUGUGAAAGCGCGCCAUUAGCCCUCGUGCGAGACGUCCAACUACAGGACGAGUUCUGGAUGAAGAACGCUUCAUAUUCGCUGGUGGAUGUCUUCGACGAUUGUCACCUUGCCGAGAAGUUCACGGGUGGUACGCUCUAUCAAGCGUUUCUUAGUCAAUACUCAUACCAUCGCUGGCAUGCACCUAUCUCAGGCACCGUCACCCACGCAUACCGCAUCGACGGGUCGUAUUUCACGGUGCCUCGAAUGGCGGAGACUUUCUGUCCCAUCGAGACUGGUCACUUGGAAGUGGAGCGAUGCCAGGCUCAACUUUCAUGUCUCUCCUCACGCGCCGUGAUUGUGAUUACUUCGGAAGAUCCCGGAAUCGGUAGCGUCGCGUUCAUUGGCGUCGGUCUACACGAGGUCAGCACGACGGAGAUCUCGGUCCGCGUCGGGCAGCGUAUCCAAGCUGGUGAGGAGCUUGGUAUGUUCCAUUAUGGAGGCAGCACGCAUUGUCUCAUUUUUCAGCCGCAUGUCUCCAUCGUUGACUUCCCUAUGGACACGAAGAACAAUGUUCCUGUCAACGCGGCGCUGGCG